AUGCCCCUGGACGAGGAAGGGAAUAAGUGGUCUUGUGAGCCAUGUAUGCGGGGCCAUCGAUCGUCCAAGUGUCAACAUUUCGACCGUCUGAUGUCCAAGGUUCCCAAAUCCGGACGUCCCUUGAAGAAAUGCCCGCACGCCACCUCCUCCUGUAGCUGCAAGAAGUCAUAUACUUUUAUGACUCGCAUCCCGAAAGCGCUCACAUGCUCACACUUCCCGGUUGAAGGGUCAACCUUUCGCUGUCGGCCGUGGUAUCAGGUUGCCCCGAGGCAAGAUGACGCGUGCCAGGAUGCUCAAAGUACAGCGGUGCCCACAAUAUCACGCGCGGGAAUCGUUCCCGACAGAGUUUCUCACUCCAACCACAGCGCAGAUAUUCUCCCGUCUACAUCCCAAGUGACCAAGUCGUUCGUGCCGCCGUUAUCCUCUUCGCUUUGUAUAUCAUCGAAUACCACAGCAGUAUUCGAUUCUUCGCUGUUCCAGGUGCCAGAAUACCCGCGGUUUACCGUGCCCCAGAAUGUGGAGGUCGCCUCUGCCUACCAUCACUCCGCAACUAGAUAUAAUUUCACCGACAUUCCCGAAAUACAACCCCAGACAAACUCCAGACCACUAGACAUAUUUCGCGGUGGGGCGAAUAUACCAGGAGGAGGCCGGAUUGGAGUGAAUUCAUCCCCUCGGCAAUACAUAUCAUCGGAGCCAACAAGUUUCAAUAUCCCGUCUGCUCUGCGGCAGUCAGAGCGUGGUGAAACGAACGAGCAUACGCGGUUGAAAAGCUACUCCAAGUAUCAACCCAUUCCAAGGGGUUCUCAGCACGCAGUACUGCCAUCUCAGGAACCACAUAAUAUGGGUUCUACCCCCGACCUUGACAUCCUCAACGAAUUUAACUCGUAUUUCUUGCCUAGUUCCCAGUCAUCUGAGCCCGGAGCUGGACACGACAGCCAGCUGAUCGGCCUGGGAUUAUCGCGAAAUCUCCAUGCAGAACGAUUUUAG